CCUUACUCUAUAAAAAGCAGCUCUCUUCUCACAUUUCAGGUUAAAGCAAAACAUUUCUCUCUUUCUUCUGCGCUUUGCUUUGCUUUGCUUUAGGGACUUCAUUAUAACACACGCUUAAACCCUUUCAUACUCUCUCUCUCUCCCUCUCUAGAUUUUUUAGUCAAUUUUGAUGUUAUUAAUCCUUCUUUCCUCCCUCUACACAACCAGAGUGUAGAGGAGUGAAAAAGACAGUCUGAUAUCAUAUGGCGGGUACCGUAAGAUCGAGCUUGCUGUCGAGGUUACGGCAGCUUUUAUCCGGUGAAGGAUCAAUUGGUCCAAAUGUUAAACUCGAUUCCGAGACUCCUCCAAAAGUAAAGGCAUUUAUCGACAAGGUGAUACUGUGUCCAUUACAAGAUAUAGCAAUCCCCCUUUCAGGUUUCUCUUGGGAGUACAACAAGGGCAAUUUUCAUCAUUGGAGGCCACUGUUCCUGCAUUUUGAUACAUACUUCAAGACAUAUUUGUCUGCUAGGAAGGAUCUUCUUUUGACAGAUAAUAUCAUAGAAGAUGACAGUCCUUUCCCAAAGCAAUCAGUUCUCCAAAUUCUUCGUGUGAUGCGUAUCAUUUUAGAGAAUUGCCACAACAAGGGAUCAUUUAGUGGCUUAGAGCAUUUCAAGCUAUUACUUGCAUCAACUGAUCCUGAGGACAAUAGUCUGUCCUUAUUACCUUCAGAUUUGCCUUCUGAUAAUGGUAAUUCCCAAAACCACGUGGGGUCCACCCUAUACUUUGAGUUGCAUGGCACAGAUACAAUUCACAUUCCAGAUCUUCAUAUGUGGAAAGAGGAUGAUCUAUCGAUAAUGAAGCUGUUGGUUGAGAAGUACAACGUACCUGUUGACCAUAGGUUUUUGUUGUUGACUAGGGUUAGAUAUGCUCAUGCUUUUCGUUCUUUAAGAAUAUGCAAGCUGUACAGCAAGAUAUGUCUUCUUGCUUUCAUUGUUCUUGUUCAAUCAAGCGAUUCCCAUGAUGAACUCAUGUCCUUUUUUGCAAAUGAGCCAGAAUACACAAACGAGUUGAUCAGACUUGUGAAAUCUGAAGAGACCAUAUCUCCAACUAUUCGUACACUUGCUAUGCAUGCUUUGGGAUCAUAA